AUGCCUCCAGCCGCAGUAUGGCAAAAAACUCUGGCGAUGGUAUGUGAGCAGGGGGCCCCCCCUGCGCUCCUAGGGAUGUCUGGGAAGCCACAACAAUUUGCAUGCCCUCCUACGCCUCCUCUGCCGGCUCUCUCUGCGUGCCUUUCAUUGAGCACUUUGACUCCCGAGAAGAAUAACCUCCCGAGCGAUCACCCUCAAGCUAACAGCGUCAGAUCUAGCCAUAGAAGCAACCUUACAAGCGCCUCGCUGGAAAGCAGCCCUCCCGCCGCGUCUGCGGAAGCCGAUUGGAAGCUCCCUAACCGCAGCUCGAACGAGUUGAGCAGCAGCAUUAGCGGCGAGAGCAUACCAAGCAGCAUCAGUCGAAGGCUUCUACGCGGUGAGCAGGAGAAGCAGGCACCCUCCCAGGAGUCUUUGCAGCCUCUCUCGAGCGCCUCCAUCAGCACGCUGUCGAUCUCGAUGCGCUCCGCUGGAGUCUCUUCGAGACAACUCUCUCUAAGGAAGGAUGCACUUCCCGAAGCCAACCGCAUGGCAGCUGCUAGCCGAGCGAAUUUCUCCUCCCCCGCUGAAUUAGGGCAGCCAGGCUCAGUAGCACCUCCCUGGGCAGCUCCACGUUUUCACCCCGAUGCUGGACGUGUUGGUCGUCUGUCUGGAGGUGACAAAAGAUUCAAGAAAGAAAGGAAGGGAGGAAUGAUUUCCCUCGUGUACGAACGGCAACUCAGAGUGGGUGGCAUCUGCGCCUACAGAUACAAAAUCGCCAAAGGUCCAAUUAGCGCCGCUGAUGGUGUUGGCUUUGUCUUCGCCAGGCGUGGCUCGCUGCUAGAGCGGCGGGCAGUUGAGGGGUUAGAACCUCUUCAGUCGGGGUGUGCGGUGACGCUGCUUAUUGAUCUCAUGCGCUUUAUUGCCAUUUUCCAGAUGACGAUGCCAGAUGGAAGAGAGACCCCCUACCGCCUCGUAGAUUUUGCAGACUUCAACGAAGAACCGCCUCCUUCUCCACAGCAGCAGCAGCAGGAGCAGGAGCAGCAGCAGCAGCAGCAGCAGCAGGCAGACCCCGUGCUGCAACUGCAGCAGCCGCAGCAGUACAGACAGCAGGAACUGGUGGCGCAGCAGCCAGAAACGCGCUGCUCGAAGGGCUACUUUUGUGUGGUCAUCACCUUUGCGCAAGUCACUGUUGAGCUCUUUCAUCCUGUAGAGCUGCUGCAGCGUUAUGUUGCAGCGCGAGCUUCCGGUUCCCCCUUCCCUCCUCUUGAGGGGGCGGGCACUGCAGCAGCAGCAGCAGCAGCAGCGGCAGCGGCAGCAGCGGCAGCAGCAGCCGCCAAGGUGCCUCUGCAGCCCAAUGUGCAGCGUUUGGCGCAUGCCUUUGCUCCAAGCGAGUUUCGAUCGGCAGCUGCUGCAAGCAGCAGUCCGGAGGGUGGCUUCCAUCGCGCUCCUGCCGCUGGUGCUGCCUCGUUUUCGGAGAGCUUGGAUGUCGGUGCAUUGCUUGGGGGAGGCAGUGGGCCUCCUGUUGAGCUGUUGUAUCCUUUUCGAUCUGUCUUUGAGUUGGCGCUGCACUUUUACCGUUCUGGUGUCUCUGCGGGAGUCGCUGCAGCGGCUGCCGCUGCAGGGGGCGAUCCUCUCGCUGCCGCUGCUCUUGCAGGAAUGCUGGCGGGGGACGCCUCCAGCAUAUGUGGAGACGGCUUCUUUCCAGGUGUAUGGGCAGCUGCCUACUUUGCAGCUUUAGGCAGUCAGCAGCAGCCUGGUGAAGCUGCCACCACGGCGUGUGCCGCUGCUGCUGCUGCUGCUGCUGCCAACGGCUCUCCCAUACCGUCAUGCUGUCGCUUCAUUACAGCGCCAGACACUGCGUGUGAAGGCUUAAGCUCUCCGAAAUCAAACGUCGCGGAAGGACUACGUGACAGUGCCACCGGCAGCAGCAGCAGCAGUAGCUGCAGCAGCAGCAGCAGUAGCUGCAGCAGCAGCAGUAGCAGGAGCAGCAGCAGUAGCUGCAGCUGCUCCUCAGCAGCUGCCGUGGCAGCAGCGGCUGCGGGGGUUGCUCCCGCGUCACCACGGAGCUCCUCCCCCUCAGCCUGGGCUUUAGGGUUGGCAUGCGACCAACAGGAAGGCCGCAUGACAGGAACGGCUCCUACGACACCCGUAACGGUGGCAUCUACCACGAGCUGCCACAACAAGACACCAGAAGCCUCCGUCGCUGCUGCCCUCGCCGCUGUGCAGACUCCAGCGGCGGAAGGCAGCAGCCCUUCUUCCCUUUGCCAAACAUCGCCGACGGCUUUUGCCCUGACCCCUCCCGCUUCAGCCGCAUUCGCAAGCUCCCCAGGCGAAAUGCCUCCGCCUGCACACCCCCUCUGCCCGACAGCAGCACCAUCGCCUCCUGCAACGACCCCCCCCGCGACAGCCGCACAGCAGGCAACCACCGCUUCCAGCGUUGCAGCGGAAGUUCAAAGACUUGCAGACAGCUCGGGAGCACCUGUGCUGCGCCCUCCUUUGUGCGCGUCAGUCUGUGCUGCGCCAACAGCAACGCAAGCCUCACCAGAAACACCCGGCUUCCCUCCCGUUGACGCGCUAGACGCCGCGGCGCUGUAUGCAGGCGAGGCUGCAGAGGAGCAGCAACAGCAGCCACACGCCUUGAGGUACGUGCAUCCUCUCCCUUCGGAUCAGCUCGUGGCAGGGUCCUGCCCACCGAGGUCGGGAGUCAUGCAUACGGGGGGGGCUGUUCUUCACGAACGUGUUGCGGAUAGGGGGAGCAACUGCAGCCUGCCAACGGCAGCUGCUGCUGUGGGGACGGCCGUCCCCACUGCUCCUACCCCUAAACCGCCGCUGCAGGGCUGUCCUCUGCAAGGCGCUUAA